AUGGGAAACCAAACACCUUAUGAUCCGCCUAUUUCUUUAGCAGUGGGCUGCGUUAAAAAAUUGGGAAACGCCAUCAAAUAUAAGGAUAAGAUAAAUGGAGUCUGGUAUAACGAUUCUAACACGAAUCCUGGAAGACCUAUAAUAAGUAAUCAUUUUGGUUGUAUCACCUAUCUAUAUCAAAUUGCAUUAUUUGAUAAACAUGAUAAACCGAUGAAUAAUUAUAUUACCGUUGACGAAGAUGAUUUAAAUUUGAUCAAAAAACACAAGUGGUAUCUAUCAAAUGAGAUUGUGGUAAAUGAGAAUGGUGUUGCUUUAACAGAAAUCCUUACCAGUACCACCAAUGUUAAACUGAAGGAAGGAAAAAAAUGUUUUUCACGAAAGAAUCUCGUGAUAUGUAAUGAUUCUAUAAAUAAUGAAGAUAUUUACAUAUUUACAAAAAUUAAAAAAAAGGAUGAGAUACUUGGAAUGGAAAUUUAUUGUCCUUUAUAUCCAGACAAAAGUUUUUUCAAAGUUGUGAAUGAAGAUUAUUCUAUUCAAGAAUCACAGAUUUAUGCUUUAAUCGAAGCAAUUAAAAAUUUUAGUAUUUUUGACAAACCAUUAAAUAUUUUUACCAGUAACAAGAAUAUCUGUUCCUUAUGGAAUAAUGAUAA